AUGUCGCCGCCGAGCUCCAUUCCAUCACUGAUCGACGCAUUCUUUCAACACGUCUACCCUCUCCCAUCAUACGCGUUCUUGCAUCCGCCGACAAUUUUGCGGAAGCUCGCAGACGACUCUAUCGACAGAAGUCUUGUCAUAGCCAUUGCCGCGGUGUCUAGCGUGCGUGCUCCAGGCAUCCAACGAUCUCCCAGUCUCGAAUCCGCGUGGGUACAGGAAGCUGAAACGCUGAUAUGGCAGCAUCUCGAAUCUCCCUCAAUCGCACGCCUUCAAGCCAUGUUGUUGGUCAUCUUAUAUCGAGCCGAAACUGGGCAGCUGAGGAGGGCAUUCAUGCUUGCUUCGCUGGCUGGACGUGCGGCCACUGCUUUGCGCUUGAACUACGAGCGACCCGACUCCUCGGCAACCUCACUUGAGGUCAGAAGACGGCUGAUGUGGUCACUGAAGCUCGUCGAGCGUUAUUUCUCGGUUGGAUUACCUGAGUUCGAGCUCUGCCCCGUGGAAAACAUUUACAUUCAACUGCCUUGCGUCGAGUAUCAGUUCAGUUCCGACGGCGGGGAUUGGAGGACCCUAGACGACCAGGGAUCAUACCACAUCAGCGUCAAGCUGGAGAUGUUUCGGCGUGAUGUGAUGAAGCUAAAUCGGUCAUUGGCGCUCUGUGAUCAGCCGUUCCCCAGCCUGCCCAAGAUGAUGAAUGAUUUUCAGCAACAUCUAGACCGGAUUGGGAUGCUGCUGCCGGACGGCGUUGAACCGACGCAAGAGCAGUUGGAACGUUGGAUCACUAGCCAAUGGCUGCCGAGGUACCUCAUCAUGAGGCUGUCGUUUCACCAGAUUCACAUUGAUCUCUACCGACUGGUUCUGCGCAAAUUUCGAGACGCUGCACCACGCGUGGUCUUGGACGCUCUUGAGGUCGACUUUCUCGAUCGCGCCGAAGCCAUGUGCAUACACCAUGCCAAAAUGUCGGUUCACACGAUUGCCACCAUGAACUCCACAUUGGUGGAGGAGCCGACGCGAUUACUCGAGUUUGACACGGCUAUUUGCGCUUACACCGCAUCACGGAUGCUCCUCUUCACGGCGCGCUUUGGACAAACGAGCGAACGACCGACUGAAGAGUUUGCGCUUAGUAGAGCCAAUAUGUGCUUGGCAGUGGUGCAGCGAUUCUUCCCACGCUCCAUGCUUGUCAGGCCCAUCAUCGACGAGCUGCGCAGACUGAUUGGUGUUUUCUCGUCGCAUGAGCAAGCCCCUAGUCGCUUUUCUUCACCGAAGCUCUCCGGGGCUGCGCAAGAGAGAGACCUCACUACACAGCUUUCCUCGGCAGCGCGCAUACGCCAGCGUCUGGCCAUACACAGCCUUCUUCGCCAGGCAAAUUUUGUUGAUGAGGAGGACGAGCAGACGGAUAGCCGCUCAGCACAACGAAUCCAGCCAAAUACAACGACGUCGACGAGCCAAGCGGCAGUUGCUGAUACCCCAAUGACCGAUGAUUCUCCGGAAACCCAAGGCGAGAAUCAACCUUGGGCACAGUGGUUGUUUGAGGGGCAAGCACCCGAGAACGACAUGCAGCCUGUGAACCUGAACCAACGCAGUUUUGUCUUUCCCUGGCUAACGCGAGAGGAAUCGAACCUGGCAUCUCAUAGCCUCUCUCGAUAA